AUGUCUCAACCAGCGCCGAAACGUCGAGGCCGCCCCGCCAGAAAGGCGCCGCAAACCGAAGAGCAACGACUUGCGUCCCAACGCGCGCGAUCGCAGCGAUACUACCAACGACAACACGAGCAAGCCGUCAGUUCCCAUCGCACACCGGCCGAGUCGCAACAGGUGGAAUUUAUACAUCAUCAUCAUUAUCAUUGCCCACCCCAUCCGCCCGCUAUACCGUCGACUACGGAUCCGGUUAUUGGCCUCCACCUAGAGCCUCCGAAGCGGGCCCGGCCGGAGCACCGUGCAGCCCACCACCUGUGGGGGAUAAUGAGCUACAUGAUACACCAUCCCAAUAUUGCCCGGCUGAAGAAGAACGGAGUCAGUGUGGCCAGGAGAUACAGGAUCUCCUGCAAUCAGUUGAGAAAAGCCUUCACAUCUCAGUAUCAUCAGUCCAAGCUGAUGAUUGCGACGACGACGACGACGACAACGACCAUGAUGAUGGAUGCGACGAUGAUCGCGGAUUUAUCAACCACCCUCAUCAAAAUCCCCCCGUUCCUGAAAAAUCGAUCUCUACUCUCGAAAAAUCAUGGUAGCUUGGUCAACGCCGGCCGUCACCACUCCUGCAAUUCUCUGGGAGAUGUUAUCGUUCGGCUGGAUGGACUGAUCAAUGACGACCACGAUCAUCAUCCGCUCCCACAUGUCACCGAUCCUUCUUCUGAUCUUCUCGGUCAUGCCUCUCAACUCGAGAAUCUCCACGGUAGCGACCCUCCUUACGAUGCGCAACAGCCCAUGCACUCGCACUACCGUGAUUUCCGAGCAGCUUGUCAAGUCACACUUGAAGGAUCUUCAAGCGAUGGCACACCACCGAGUCUCUGCCUCCCAACCAGACACCGCCUUGCACAGCCCUUUACAGAUGACUUCAUUCAAAAGACCUACGACAUCGAUAGCAUUUGUAGUUUUCCCUCCUCCCUAGCUGUCGUCAAGUUAGGUAUCCAAUGGUACCCGCAACCCUAUGUCAUCUUCAACCUCACCGAUGAUGUACAUCUCAGCAUCGACAUUCCGAGCAAUAGCUUUCAUCAAACCAACGCUCAAUCGCAGGGAACUCCCGACCAACGACGACCGUUACAUCAUGUCCCUAAUUAUUGCUUGGGACGAAUGCAAGGCUUGGUCGAUACAUUCAUCUGGGUAUUCUUCCCAGCCUUAUGCUGUCGCCACACCGGUACACAUGACAACCCGUACAUGCGGACCUCCCUCCCCAGGGACCAGUACGCGCUUUGGUAUGACCAGAUCCUACUACCGGCGAUCACCGCAGCAGUCCAAGACCCGAACAUCCUUCAGUACAUACCAAAAAGCCGCCGAAUCGCUCAAUCCACCUCGCGCGCCCGGCAGGAGAGCAUCUCGACUGAGCGCCUCAACGAGCAGAAUGCGAAUGCUGACCAAGGGGUCCAAUCACACAUAGCGACGUUUCCCCAGUUCGCUGGCAUAAGACUCUACAUAGAGGCCAAGAACUUAAAGCUUGCCUACAUGCAUCCCGACAUCACUCAAACCAUCAGCGACUGGCGCAACCAAUGGAAUGCCGCCGUUGACGAGAGAUUCCUCGACCCCGGUAGUACAUACGUCGACAUUGGCCGUCAAUAUACCCCUCAAACUGGGGCUGUCGCCGAGGCCAAUGUGCUCCUCUGGCGUCGAUGUUGUCUGAAGCGCCUCUGGCGGCAGCGGCAGGCGUGGAGUCUUUGUUAUAAUACGAUGAGACUUGUUGGGCAAAACCCGCCCGAGCCUUCGGAGCCACUCAAGUCUGGUGUCUCUCCCUCCGCCAAGCCGAGUACCCCCGGCUUGGUCCCGAGUGGUGAAGACGUCAUUCCUAUCCCGUUCACCUAUGGGGUUCGAGCCGAAGAUCGCCUAUUGGGCGCUCCUCCAACGCAUCCUCCCUCACUUAGCUUCUUCCCAGACGGCGGCGAAACUGGUCAUCAUCAGACAUCCACCAACCGGAAGCCACCUUUCUUCACCAUCCAAUCGAGAACGAUGUCGCACUUCCUGCAUAGCAAUAUCAACAGGUAUUGCUUUCUCUUCGAGUACAUCAAGUCUCAGACCGGGCCUAGGUACUCUCUGCCUGAGACUAUCGUUAUGGCGGUGGCGCUUCGAAGCCUGUGUUUUAACAUGUCUGGUAUCAUCGCCAGGGAGUCAGUGUUAUGGAGAGAUCGGUGGAAAUCGACCCGACAUACCACCACGCGAGAUGGCCAGCGGCAGGAUAUCGAGGUCGAGCACGAGGGGCUUGGUCUUUAUAAAACCUCACAAGACUACGGGCUUGGCUGGUGGCUCCCAGGCAAAUUCGACUGGGAUAAUUGGCGAUUCAAAGGCGAUGCUGGUGAUCGACUGACUGUGGGUAAUGGCAUCCUACAGCGUGAUUAUGGCCGUCAAUGGAGGGUUAUCCAGGACAUCCGUGACGUCCACGCACGCAUGUGGCAGGCCCAGAAAUGGGCUCAGCGCUACUCCGUCCGAGAGUUGCCAACCAAUCGGUGCAUCUGGCUUGAGUACUUGUAUAGCACCGUCAUCGAGCUCUUCCAGUGUGACGUCUGGCGUCAUUAA